AUGUCCACGCAAAGAGAGUUGCGCCUCUGGCGCAGAAACUGGCGGCAGCAACAACAGCAACAACAGCAACAACAGCAACAGCAAGAUGAAGAGGAAGAGGAGUGCCGGCUGCUUGACAAGCAGCUCUACCAGGAACUACAGCAGCAGCAGCAAAAGCAAGAGCAGGAGGAGGAGCAUGAGCAGCAGGAGGAGGAGCAGCAACAGCAGCAGCCCUGGCGUAACUACCCCCCAACCCCCAAUCCCCAUCGCCCGCGCCGCAGUAGCAGCAGCAGCAGCAAGCUCAGCAACAAGACCGACCAGACCACGUCUUGGAAGACUCGUAGUCGUCGGCCUGGGUGGAAUAGCGCAACCGCAAUUGCUGCCGGCCUGGCCUACUGGCGGCCGCACACGGCACCGCCCCCACAACAACAUCGCGCAGACCCGGCCGAGGUCCUCUCGGUGGCAAUUCUCUGGGCGAAGCAAUCAACACGCCUGGCGACCGACCUUGUCCGUGUGCUGGAAACAGCACCGGGCAACGAGAGACGCGCAAUCACUGGGUACGCCGCCUCGGCCAUGCAGGAGUGGCGAGGCAUCGUCGGGAGCGUUGAAAAGGAAAUAUUACUAGCCCGGGCCCGGGAAAUAAAAACAGAAAUUUUGGUCUCGGCCGAUGCUGCCAUGGCCGACCUUAUUACUAGCCUGGACCAUCUCCAAUCGUUGUUGUAG